UGCCCCCCCCCGCCCCGCCAGCCAGCCACGUCACACUCAGCCAGGCGGCGGCCACCUCUCAGCGCGGCGCCAACAUGAACAUUUUCAGGCUUGCCGGGGACAUUUCCCACCUGCUGGCCAUCAUCAUCCUGCUCCUCAAGAUAUGGACGAGCCGGUCAUGUGCAGGUAUAUCCGGAAAAUCUCAAGUCAUGUUUGCAAUCACGUAUACUGCUCGCUAUCUGGACCUCUUCACCAACUUCAUAUCACUCUACAACUCUACAAUGAAGGUAAUCUUCCUUGCUGCCUCGUUUGCAACACUGUACCUGAUCUACGUACGCUUCAAGGCCACCUAUGACCACAACCAUGAUACCUUCCGUUUGGAGUUCCUGCUCAUCCCAACGGUCAUCCUGUCUGUUCUCAUCAAUCAUGACUUCUCACCCCUUGAGAUUCUGUGGACCUUCAGCAUCUAUCUUGAGUCUGUUGCCAUCUUGCCCCAGCUGUUCAUGGUGUCCAAAACUGGCGAAGCAGAAAGCAUAACAUCACACUACCUGUUUGCUCUGGGGUCUUACCGAGCUCUCUACAUCUUCAACUGGGUUUACAGAUACUAUGCUGAAGGGUUUUAUGAUCUGAUCGCUAUUGUGGCUGGAAUUGUUCAGACCGUUCUCUACUGUGACUUCUUUUAUUUAUACGUUACCAAAGUUCUCCAAGGAAAGAAGCUUCAGUUACCAGCCUAAGCUGAAGGUGUUCAUGUGCGUUGCCACCUCACCUCAGAUCUACAGCAGGGGCCACCAACACUGUGCCACAUCACUCACCGCUUCAUCUGGCUUACCCAUCUAUUAGCCCGUGGAUGAUUUAGUUCCUGUAUUGUUUUAUUGGAGAGGUUCAUGUACUGUUUAAGAUAAUAUUAACAGGGCAUUCAUAUUUAUGGUAUACAUAUUAUUCGCUUAGUGUCCAUGCAAGUAAAAGUGUUAUUCUAAUUAAUUUAAAUAUUUCUGCAGUCUUACAAGGAGAGAAGUGCUAUUGCAGUUUGUUCUGCCUGUCUUAAAGUAAGACUGCAUUGAUUAUUUUAUUUUUUAUUGAAUUUUAGUUUUGAUGGAUCCAAUUUAUAGUGAUUUUUGAAGGGAGGGAGCCAGAGGUGUUGUUGAGGUUGUGAAUGGAAAAGUCUUUGCAGUGUGGAUCCAAACUUAACAAAUACCUUUGAUAUCCCGUGGAGAAGCAACACACAAGGUGAAGGUAGUGAUGUGGCUGGUUGGCUCGAUUCGCACAAGUGCAGGUAUAAUUGAACACCUUUUCCUCAGCCUACUAUUACUUAGCAAGCUAAGAAUGUUAUUUACAUAUACAGUUUUCUUAAGUUCUAGAAGCAUCUGACUACUAAGUAACAAAGUGUAUUUGUCAAAUACUAACUGCAAAUGACUUUGAUGGCUUUAAGAACUUAAGGAGUGGUGUUAUAAAGGGAAAUUAUUUUCAUACAGUCAGUCUCUUUCAAAUGAGUGUUGCAUUAAGAAGUUCUUUUCAGCAUUAAGGCUCUUCAGUACAGAUUGUCUUUGGUUAAUUCUGAAUGUUGUUUUUGGAGGGUAAGAGUAAAACAUACAUGCCAUAAGCUUGUGAAUUUUUCUUUAGGGACAUUCUCCUUCAAGAGUCCUGUUAAUAAGGAUGAAGGAUACUUCCAUGAUGCACUCGUGGUACAUAAAUGUCUUAUUUUCAUGGCUUUUAUCAACGUGCUAAAAAAGGAAAUGGUUUUUGCAUGUAUUGUGUGAAUGUACUUUAUACUAUAUUAGUGCUCUAUUUGAUGAUGUAGGAAAUCAAUAUAAGAAAGGGAAAAUAUUGUCAUUUUAAACACAAGUUCUUUUUACCACAACACUGCCAACCAUAGGUGAAGGCAAUAAAAUUGCUUUAUUAGAUAGUAAGGACUAAAACUUAAGUUUUGGCAGCAUAUAUUUGUUUUUUAUCAAUAUUGUCCCUUCUAGACCUGUUGCUUUCCUGUUCUAUCUAGUAGAUAAAGUUGCAGUCAGCAGAAUGAACAUUGUGGUCAUUAAAGUUUGUACCAUAUACAUAAACUUCA